CCUAUCUUUUUGGAAAUCGCUUAUCUAAUGUUGUAAUCCCUCGCUGCCUUCGCAUAUCUUGAAGCGGAUAAAGCAGAAUAUGGAAUCUGAAAUAUAAUCGGGUCGCCUGCAGCUGUCCACACGUGUUUGGCACAUCGCCAAAUGCAUACACAUACCGCCGAGCGCCCGUUGCCACUUCGCCUCAUGUCGGCAGCAGGCUGUCUUUCUCCACCGGUCUUGCUGAAUGAAGAAUAUCUUCCUCCGUAAACCUGAAAUCCCACCAUCCAAGCCUUCGCGCUCGCACCGGCCCACUGACGCCUACAACGUUUGGAUCCCCCCGGAGGCCUCGCGCGUCCCCACUCCAGGUCCCAGCGCGCGGGCCUCCUCGAACGCCGGCCCAAGCCACGCGCAGGAGUCGUACCGUGGGACUGGACGCACUCUGCCACGACCUGAGCCGCCCUCAUCGAAUAGCUACAAAUAUGCAGGCGGACAAACUACCAAGACCGGAUUCUCCUACUCGAAUCAUGCACCACAGCCCGUCCCCGUGCAACCCAUCCCGAUACAACCUUACGGCCAAUACUACCUGUCCAAUCCUCCGACAAGUAGCCUCGAGCGCCCAGAGUCCCGUAACGGGUAUACGACAUAUGUGCCCACGCACUUCCAAUAUCCCCAUUUUCCUGGCGUCCCGGUACCGCAACCUACGCAAUCAGAAUACCGAAGGGCUAAGGAGGAGAAACGACGCGCCCGUGAGUCGAGCGCUCGCCCAUCUCCCAAGAAGCACCGAGAAAAAGAAGCGACGACAUCAUCGUCACGCGCUCCACAUCUCGCGACGUCGACGUCGAGCAUCAGGCUCACGCCGGACGAAUUGGAGCCGCGGCAUCGGAAGCGCGAUGCUGGUGAGGUGCGGACGAGGAAGGAUAGCCGCACGAAGGAAGAAGAUCAGAUACGCGACCCGGCGAAAAAGAGGGAAAAAGAGUCGCGGCGAAAGAGCAAGGUCGAUGGCCGGAUGGAUGAAGGAGAGAGCUCGGAUGGCUCGGUCCAGCGGCCCUUGACCGCUGGGCAUCAUCUUCGUCAUACAGAUGGAAAGAAAUUACAACCGUCGGACCCUGCGGCACGACCUAGGGCUGCGAAGCCGCCAGCCGAUAACUACUCAGCGCCUCAACUGUCCAACACUAUUCCUGUUCAAUUGCCUGCGCCUUCCCAGCGGCCGAAUCAGACUGCUCCAGCGCCUGAAAGCGAUACCGAGAGAGGAGGGACUCUGGUCAGUAACCCUGAACUCCGGAAUGGGCCGUCGCACUCAGCAUGUCGUAGAGUCGCGGGCGAAGUUUCCUCCGAGCCACUGGUCUCGCAGGCAGGUCCAAGCAAGCAUCAGAGGAAAGCCUGAAGAAGAAAGUGAAAGAGGCGAAGGAAUCCAAGGGCAUCUGGCCAUUCUCGCGUUCGAAAUCCUCACAGAAGAUACCGCCAGUUGUCACGGUGCCACCUCCUGUUCGGAAAGCUCGAGCGGACAGUACUCCCUCCUCAGCGCGGCCACCGCUACUGCAGCCUGAUGUCAUUACCCGCCCUGAACAUCGACGAUACGCCAGUGAGCUCGUGGGGAAUUCUCGUACUGCGCAACAGCGGGACCAGCCGCAGGUCGAGCCGCAACGAUUUGAACUACCCCGAGUUGAACCGCCGCGGCUUGAUAAGCAGCGAACGGAACCAUCACGAGCUGAAGCGCAAGCGAGGGCCAUGUUGUUCGCCCAACCUCCGCCUACGUCCCAGUCACGUGUUUCGCGGGUAGCGGGCCACGAAGUCCCGCCCAGUUUGAGCAGUGCCGAUCCAGUGCAUAAAGGGCCUGCUCGCUCAGAUGGACCACCUCUCUCGAGCACUAUGGCCGGACAUAUAGUCUCUCAUGGUCGAGAUUCUGUUUCCUAUCCUUCACUCUAUGCACCGCCUGUGGCCAACUCCAGUUCUAAUG